GUAAAGUCAUUCGAAGAAGAAGAAAGGGGAGCAGACUGUUUAACUUUAGUUACAUACCUUUUUACACCUAACAUGUUGAUACUGUUGUGGAUUUCCAUCAAAAGGGGAUAACGGUCAGGUUGAUAAGCCAUACGUUGUGCGAUUAUCAGGACACGUAAAGACAGUAGAGAGAGAUCGGAAUGAUCUGGAGCAGUGAGAGGUUGUGGCGGCCCCAUCAGUAGCUGUCACCACGGCGGGGGACCUUCGGACCUCCGUCUGCAGGGUUGUCAUCUACCUCCAAAGGGACAUGUCCGGGGACAGCUGCCUGCCCCAGCAUCACACCCUGUCCCACUCCACCUCCUCAGCCCCUCCUCUGGCGUGUCCCAAGACCAAGACCUGCAGUUACCGAGGAGCGGUGGGCCUGGGCAACAAGUAUGUCCGGAUCAACGUUGGCGGGACCCUGUUUUACACCACACUGCAAGUGCUGACCAGGCAGGACUCCAUGCUGAAAGCCAUGUUCAGUGGAAAGAAAGAAGUGUUCACUGAUAAAGACGGAUGGAUCCUGAUCGACCGCAGUGGGAAACACUUUGGCAGCAUCCUGUGCUUCCUGCGUGACGGCACAGUCUCCUUACCCAAAGGCCGUCAGGCUGUCCAGGAGCUGCUGGCUGAGGCAAAGUAUUACCUCGCCCAGGGCCUGGUGGAGCUGUGUGAAAACUCCCUGCAGGGUAAUACAGAGCAGCCCCUGUGUGUUAUACCUGUGGUCACCUCCAGUAAAGAAGAGGAGAGGCUCAUCCAGUCCUCUACAAAGCCUGUGGUGAAGCUGGUGUACAACAGAAGCAAUAACAAGUACUCCUACACCAGUAACUCGGACGACAACCUGUUGAAGAACAUUGAGCUGUUCGACAGGCUGUCGCUCAGCUUCAACGGCCGCGUCCUCUUCAUCAAAGACGUGAUCGGAGACGAGAUCUGCUGCUGGUCCUUUUACGGUCAGAGUCGCAAGCUGGCCGAGGUGUGCUGCACCUCCAUCGUCUACGCCACGGAGAAGAAGCAGACCAAGGUGGAGUUCCCUGAAGCGCGAAUCUACGAGGAGACCCUGAACACCUUGCUUUACGAGACAAUGCCUCUUCCCGACAACUCUUUGCUGGAGGCCACGCGGCGGAGCUACACCAGCUGCGGAUCUCACAGUGAGGAAGAGGAGGGGCCCGGGGGAGCGGAGCUUCGCGAGCGUGUCCGUCGAAUCCACAUCAAGAGGUACAGCACGUACGAAGAGCGGCCCAUGGGACACUGAAGCCCGGGAGCACGAGCGGCUGGACAGAUUUCACAUUGAUGGUGAACAUUCAGAGAUGGAAUCUGACGACCCUCACACGUUUCUCCUUUGAAUAGUUUUCUUUACCACUAUCUAAAGAACAUGAUGAAAGUGCAUCUGACAUUUUACUCUAGAUAGUUGUGGUGUUGUCUGCUCUGUCCAUCAUCAUUUUAUGAAGUGUUAUCAGAGGAUUCAGAGCAACUACUUUAAAUACCUAGGGAACUGUAGUUUAUUUUAAAUUAAAUAGAGAUUAAUAGGGAGGAGAAAUCACUGAUAUGCACUAUUUCUACGAAGAAAUAUUGUAACAAUCAUAGCACUUACACUCUGAAUCAGCAGGAGCAUGUUUCAUAUUUAUAGAUUGUAUUUUUCAUACAUACAAAAAAAGAGCCUGUUUUCAAAAAAUUAAUCUGUUUUUCCAGAAUUAGAGUGCCUCUAACAUGUUUUAAUGCAGUUUACCAUAUUGCCUUUUUUUCCAGCUGUGAAGAUAAAAGUUCUUGUUAUUCAACUA